AUGAACAGUGCAUAUGCAUAUUACACAGUGAAUUGGAGCAUACUUGAAAGGGCAGCAGAGACAAGAGUAUCAGAGUACAUUAAUGCAACGAAAAAUAUCAAUAUAAGGAGUGCUGUUGUAUUCCCACUUUCACCACAUAAAAUGGUUAUUAUAACUGUAAUAAAAGAGUGUCUAGUCAGAAAUAUGGAGAACAAAAUGACAGAAGAAUUAGAGCAUGCAGUUCACCUGUAUAUUGAUUAUGAAGCCAGAAGGUCACCCAUCUUCAAAAGAACUUCUGAUGAUUUAAUGCAACUUCUGACAAAUAUCCCAACAAAGACAAUUUUAGCAAGUAUUUUAAGAAAAUUCAAAGACUCUUUGAAGGAAUUUCUUGGAAACCUCCAGGAAGAGUUAAAUCUCUUCUUGCAUGGGAAUUUAAAGAAGCCAGAAGAUAUGCACACCCUUGCAAAUCAGCUGGAAAUAACAUGCAAGAUUAAUUCUCUAGAAAUCUCUCAACAAGAAAGUAAAAAACCGUUAGAAAUACUUCUCACCUUAUACGCCCAGGAGAAAGGCACUCAGUCAGGAGCACUUAAAGAAAGGAUGGAAAUAUUAGGAUUAAAUGUGCACCCAGAAUAUAAUGAAGGGGAAAUGGGAUAUUUAAAGGAAUUUAUGCUAAGCAAGUAUAAAGUUAUAAUAGGGGAAGUGCCAGUAUUCAAAAGUGCACAAGAAUUAUUUGAUGCAUGGGAAAUAGGACAGAAAGAAAUUGCAUAUUUGGAGGAAAUUAGAAGAUACUACAACAGAGUAAUAAGAAGCAUCAAGCACACACCAGAGUACACUAAAAAUAUAAUCCAAAUAGACUUAAUUAAGGCAGGCCUAAUGAGUACCACUAAGAAGAGAGAAAUCCUUAAAGAAGUCACCAAGAAGUACCGGAAGUUCAAAAAAGUAAUAACUGUUGUAGGAAUAUUUUCAGUUAUAAUAUUUAUGAUUGGCUUUGUUAUCCAUAGAAGUGAUAAAAACAAGCACCCAUAG